UUUGAAAAAAAAUUGGAGCGCUUUUUUAAACGAAAAAGCAUGUGUUGGCAUUUGAAAUCACCCUAAAAAACACCAAAAACUGUCAUUUAUCAAAAAACGAAAAUGGCGUCGUGUUUAUAAAUAAUAAGAUAAAAAGUUUAUGUAAACGCUGGAUUUAAGAUAAUUUCCCAAAAAAAAAACAAAAAAUGGCAGAAAGUUCUAUCAACGGCUUUCUCGACACCCCCGCAAUAAAGACAGAACCGGAAGACGUGUUCCUGGAGGACCACCCGAUAAUCCCCAAAGAGUUCAUCAAAAACGGGGUCCAGGAAGACAGCGAUUGCGAGGACGUCGCCUACUUCUCCCAAAUCGAGGUGGAGAACACGAAACGAUGUCUCGAAAACACGCGUCUCAUAAUCAAAGAUUUCGAGACACAGCUCGACUGGCAUUUGCAGCAGUACAUGGCCCUGCGGGACAUCUUCAGCAAGAAAGGGGGCCCUAAAGACGAUCCGACGAAAAAACAGGACUUGCUGAGCAUCUCGCAGCUGAGCGCCUUGAUCGCAAACCACCCUGAAGGCAACAAGAAGUUCAUCAAGCGAAAGGGGGCUUCCAAGAAACGCCGCCGGAAUAAGGAAACUGAUUCCGAGUGGAGCGAUUUGAGCGACGAGAGCGAAGAGUUCCAGGAGAAUGUCAAGGGAAAAAAAGGGAAGAGGGGGAAUUAUGACAUGGUGGUCCCUAAGGAUGAAAUCGAGGAGGAGGUCCAUGAAUUGAUUGAGCCCAAGGUGGAACGAGACAGCGAGGGAGAGGUGCAAGGUGUCCCCCCGAAAAGGGGGCGCAAAGCGAAAAAAGUGGACACUGUUGAUUUGACGAAUAUUAGGAGCUGUUCAGUUAUUUUGAAUAGGUAUGAUCAAGAGUCAGUCGACAUUAAAGAUGAAGAUAUUGAUAAAGAUGAGUUAGUUCAGUUGUUGCAAAGUAAGGCCAUUGAUACGCUAGAGAAAUUCACAACCGAUUCCGAAAAACCAAUAGAAAUUUUAAAACAAGAUAAUUACAAACAAUUUAAUUAUGACGAAUUGGGGACAAGUAAUGUUGUAGUUACAUUUGAGGACUUCGGGAAUUUACCCGAGUUUGUUUUCGAUAAAAAAGUUACUAAUUUUAUUCUGAAUGGUCAGAUUAAAUUUGUUAAAGCGGAAGUUUUUGAUCUGUUUUUGUCUGACCAAAAAAAGUAAGAUCCUAAAAAUUCCCUUACAAAAGUAUGGACACAACGUUUUGUGUCUAAAUUGUGUACUGUGACAAAAACUAAUUUGAUAAUUUAAAGUAAAAAUAUAAAAAACGCAAUUGUUUUAAACAUUUGAUUUAAAAUAAGACGAAAAAUCAAGUUUGUUGAUAGUCUAAGAGAAUUAAUUGCGCCGUCAUUUGAAACUUUGAUAUAAUAACUUAAAAAAAAUCCAAAAUUGUCUCAGCUAUACCAUAAAAAUUAGCGUAAUUAAUUAUGUACUUUUUUAUUCGACUAGAAAUAUUUAUUGUUGCUUCGACCACAAAACUUGGAACACCACUGGUACAUAUUGUAGGCACAGAACGCUUGGUUCUAUACCCUAUCUCUGUAAAUUGAAAAAUUACACUUUUGAUUACUCUGUCUCAGUGUAUAAUUUACUGUUUUCAUUUUUGAUGUAACACAGCUUCUACAAUUAAUGAUCCAGUUUUUUAAAUCCAUAAGGAAACCGUACUACAAGUAGACAGUUACUAUGGUUAUUUGUUAUUAGUGGUGUUUUUUAAACAAAAAGGCACUAGUUUACUUUGUAACUGUGGUAACAGGCAACGAAAAACGCGCGUUAAUCAAGGAAGCUGGCUUUUAGGUAAUAGGAACAAAAUGUAAUCAUACAAUCGGUGAUUGCAAAAGUUUUUUAUAAAUUCAGUUUAUGUUUAUGUACA